GCCGUGCUCUCCUGAUCAACAUAUUUUCACACUCUUCUUAUCGCAGUAGGAGGAACCGAAAAUACGUCAAAAAGUUGAAAACAUAAUCCUUGAGAGACUUAAUCAGCCUCUUUUGUCGAUAGCGGCUUGCUAAUUAUCUAGACUUAAUAGGCAAUUGAAGAAUGAUUCAGUCUUGAUUUCCAGCACAGUUUGAGUAUCGUGCUCGAGAUGAAGAUCGAGAAAACUUUCCUCUUCUGCCUCCUCGUUUUGCUCGCAACACUGAGGGUUCGCUGCAGAAAUUUCAUAGCGGAUGAAGAAACUGUGGUUGUGGGAGACGGAUCUGAUUUGGUCGCGAAGGAGCAUUACGGAACAAUUACGUUUCAAUACACUCCCGUUGGCUGGGAUCAAGAAGAACUGCAAUUCAAUAUUAUUGAACAAAAUCUGGACCGGCUCAGCAUUGACGACACAAAGGGUCGAAAGCUGAUGGUAUUCCCGGAAUACGCUUUGACAACAAUCAAAGUUAAGGAUGACAGGAAAGCAGCUUUCCGGCUCUCUCAAAUUGUGCCGAGUAAUGGAAUCAUCCUGUGCGAUGACGCAGGCGACCCUGAGCAGGAUUAUCUGGCAGUGCAUCGUCUGUCCUGUCUCGCCCAGCGCCUGCAAAUAGACCUGGUGGCGAACCUCGUGGAAAAAGUGGCGUGCAGCGCGACCGAAACAAAUCAACCGUGCGGCUCUGAUGGUGUUCUUUUGUACAACACGAACGUUGCAUUCGAUAAGGACGGCAGACUGUUGGCAAAGUAUCGCAAAUUCAAUCUGCUCCAAGAGCCUGCUCUGAACCGAACAGACUCGGCGGAAGCUGUCACGUUCACGACGUCGUUCGGGGUCACUUUCGGUCUAGUUACAGGUCACGAUCUGCUCUUCCACAAACCUGCCGUUGAAUUGGUCAAUGUUCACAGAGUAACUCAUUUUGUGCACCCCACCGCUUGGGUUAACACUCUGCCUUUUAAAACUGGUACUCAAAUUCAAAUGGGUUGGUCGCGCACCCUAAAAGUAAAUUUGGUGAGCAGCAGCUACCUUCACGUCGAGAAAGGCUACAGCGGCGCUGGCGUAUACCGAAAGGAUGGCACAUACAGAAUGGCAAUUGGCCUUGAAACAGGUGGUGAACCUAUAAUCGAUUUUUUCGACCAAGAAAAAGGUGCCGUCGAUCUGACAAUGAAAAGUUUCCACACCGAAAGUGACGCCCUGAUGGCCGAGUUCAGCAGCACCCUUUUGCUGAACAACAAGACUGCUGAGACAUGCCACGGAAAAUUCUGCUGUCAGCUUGAGAUUGAGGCCGAUUUUGGCGAUCAAGACCAUUUCUAUCAAUUGUUGGCCUUUAGUGGCGAAGAUGGGGCUGGGAUCCAGAUACAAGCUUGCGGACUUGUGGCGUGUGCAAAUGCAGAAGUCGCCUCUUGCGGGAAUGCGCUUGACGAGUCUGAAUAUGCAACGCGUGUUUCGUUUAACUCCAUCUUACUGAAAGGCAAUUUCAGCUCCUCCCACGUGAUUCCGAGCACCCUACACUCGGAGAGUACACUGCCCUUUUCGUUCAGGGGCCAGUUGGCGAGGCAGUGGCAUGAAAACAGCGGCUGGCUGUUCGGGCUCGCGCUGAGACAGCCGAUUAAGGUGCACACUUUUGCCCUCUAUUCCCACGACUACCGCGUCUCCAACAAUGCAGCCGCUGCGAUACCGUGCCUUAUUUCGUUACUCUGCGCCACUGUGGGACUCCUUGUGUGAGGCCAUUAACGAACUACACGUAUAAAAUAUGCAUAUGUUCAACUUAUUAUGGUAAUCGCAGUGGCACAAUUUGCGUCACGACGUCCGUCCUUUACCUUUGUUGCUCAUUGUUGUUUAACAACGCGCUGCAGCCUGGCGCGGUGUGAAGUAAUUUAUUAUGCACUGAAUUAAACACCCCCAGCUUCUUUUGUUUUGAAA